CCUAUAAAAAUGAUCGUGACUCGUGAGAAACAAAACCCCUAAAAAGUCUAAAACCCUCUCGAGUUCAAGUCUUAAAAAAGAAAACUCAUCGCUCUCUCCCUCACAGACUUAAUUCCCAAAUCAAAUAGCCGAAAUUCAAACGCAAAAACCCCAUUCUGAUAAUAAAUCCAAAUGAAAAGAUCCUAAAGUAUUAGGAGUAAUAAUUCGAUUAAACCCUAAAAGUAAAAACCACCUUGAGUAUUGUUUUGGUCCCUUGUCUUGAAAAUGUGAAGGAUGCAAACUGUAAGAGGAGGACGGAUAUUCUGCUUCAAGCACUCCGCAGCUCCUGCAACAUUGUUUGCUGAGGCAAGAAAUAUAGUGCGGCGUGGAAGAUCAUACGCUGCUUCUCUUCCUUCUGACGCUCCAAAGCGCAAAAAAGUCUCAAAGGAUGAACGACGAGCUAUGAUCGAAUCUUUCAUCACUAGGUAUAGAUCAGUAAAUGCCGGGAAAUUCCCAUCUGCAUCUGCAGCUCAAAAAGAAGUGGGUGGCUCUUAUUAUGUUGUUAGGAAGGUUCUUCAAGAGUUAGAGUAUAAUUCUAAAGUAUGUUCCUCAAACAGCAGUUUCGAAAAUUUAUCUGGAAAAGUUGUCGAUAAAGAGGAGAAAUCGUUUUCUGAAGUUCAAGUGGUCUCAACUGCAGUCAGAGUCCAAAAUGACACUUGUACAGAAGCUAUAGAUGAUGUGAAGAUGCUUGAUUCUGAUGACAAGGAACUGGAGGCUGAGGGAGUGUUGCGAGUAUAUUCUUCAGAAGAGGAGACAUUUUCCAAAGGGGCUCUAAAGCCCCAAACUCCAGGUAGCCAUUAUGAUUUUGUUUUAGAAGAAAAUAUUGUGUUGAAAGAUGAUGCUAAGAGUCUUGAAAAACAAGAGGAUGCUAAAGUAGAGGAUGCUGCCAUUGAUAGUUAUGAUAAAUUUCAGAUGGUUCCAGACGAACAAAAAAUUGUGGAAGUUUCUGAUCAACAUCUUGAAUCAGCCGAGGAGUGUAAACCUGAAUCUCAUGGUGUUCAGUCAGAUUUUGUUGGAGUAGAAGGUGACCUACUAAAGGUAGAAACUGAGGUUGGAAAUGCAGAGGGUGAUAAAAAGGAACAAAUUGCAUCUGAAGAGUUACUAAAUUCUGGUGGUCCAGAGCUUAAAGCUGAGCACCAUCGACAAUCCUCAGAAGAGGAAAAGCAUGCAAGAUGAAUGACACCACAUAUGGGCAUGUGUGACACAGUGCGUCAAAGGAGAAUGAACUGUAUUGAAAUUUUGGGCAUAUUGUAUGUGUAUUAUUGCAAAUUGAUCUCCAUAUAUCUUUUUGUCAUACUUUUUGAGAGCAUUUGCAGAUUAGACUCUAGGUAUGCUAUUGAAACCUUACAACUUACACUGUAGCUCAUAAAUGGACCUGAGUUUGGCUUA